GACAUUUAAUGAGUUGACAGUUAUGAAUCUGUCAGAUUUGCAUGACCACCAUACAUGGAUCAGAUCACUUUGUAGAAUCAUGGCUCUGACGCGUUCUUGUUAGUGAUGCUGGAAUUUCCACUUACCCAGUUACCUUGCAUCCAUGUUUGAGGGUUCGCUAUCUUUAUGUACAGGAUGGGAUUAUUGUGCUUCUAUAAUGUAUGCUAAGAAAGCGCCUUUAAAUCUUCACAGAAGACUGGUUUGAUAUUUUGGAACACCUGCAUAUCCGCUGUUAAGCAGUAUAAUAAUGGCAAAGGUCUCCAGACAGAUUGUUGGAAAGAUACAUGGAGACCUGAAUAUGCACUGGGAAUAUUUUUGAACAAAAAGUUAUCUUUACAGAACAGCAUUUUAAAAAAUCUCAAGGAGAGAAAAUAAUUGGAGGCAAACUUUUUUUGGUUGAAGUGUUCAAGCCGGUAAGAAGUCAUCUACUAUUUUCACACUGCAGAUUAUGAUCCUGUUCCUCCCAACGUGUCGAGCUUUGUGUUGUUCUUGGAAAAUUGCGCACCGAUUGUGAAUACCUUGAACUUGGGCAUUUCUAGCCCCGUCCUGUUGAGCCCCCAUUUACAGCUUGCUCAGAUUAAGACUCAAUUGGCUCUUCAUCACUUGACCUCUGUCGCUUCGAGCAAUACUGCCCCAAUUUAUGCUUUGUUAAAUCAAGCUUUGUUGAAGAUAAGUACUGCUUGCACAAUGUUUAACCCAAGAGGAGGUUUCCCAGUUCAAAGGCAACAACAGCCAGGGCAUCCUUUGUUAAACCAGCCAAACAUGAACCAUCCAGGGAUGAAUCUUACUGGCUUAAACCAUCCUGGAAUGAAUCUUCCAAACAUGAACAACCCUUCAUUGACCCAUCCUGGCAUGGCACCUUCUGGAAUGAAUCACCCAGGAAUGGGACAUUCUGGUAUUAAUCAGCCUGGAAUGAACUUCAACCGAAUGGCACACCCUGGCAUGAACCAGGGCGGCAUGAACCAGGGCGGCAUGAACCAGGGCGGCAUGAACCAGGGCGGCAUGAACCAGGGCGGCAUGAACCAGGGCGGCAUGAACCAGGGCGGCAUGAACCAGGGCGGCAUGAACCAGGGCGGCAUGAACCAGGGCGGAAUCAACCCCGGCGGCAUGAACCAGGGCGGCAUGAAUCAAGGUGACAUGGGCUUCCAUUGUGAGAUAAAAGGUCCUGGCUUUGCAAUAAGGCCCCAUGGAAUGGAUCCACCUGGGCCAUUUCUAAGAGGAGCACCAGAACCAAUGGGAAUGAAAGGAAUGCCACUCAGAGCACCAAUGCAUGGAACACCUGAAAGACCCUUGGGUCCACAAGCUUUUCAGCAACAACGAUUUGGUGGUCCUAGCCCGGUAAGACCUGGCCCUCAAAGAAUGCAGUCUCACAAUUCAGAUGUUGCUCCAGGUAUGAAUUUGCUGAUGAAGCAGUCCCCAUCAGAUCUCCUGUUAGGAAAAGAUAUUCCAUUGCAUGAACCUUCACGUCACGUAGGAAAUGAAAAACAGUGGGAACCACGUGGUACUUUUGGCCAUAUCCCUCAGCCAACUGGAAUGAAACCAGUGCCCUCUUCGCAAAUCUCUGAUCACCAGAACAGAUACACGACUGAAAGCGCUUCAAGUAUCCUGGAGAGCUUCGGACUGUCUAAUGAAGAUUUAGAGGAACUGAGCCGUUAUCCAGAUGAUCAGCUGACACCUGCAAACAUGCCAGUAAUCCUGAGAGACAUAAGAAUGCGCAAAAUUAGUCAACCUGUUGCUCCAGAUCAGAGCGGUGGAAGAAGACCUGCAAGUGAUGGGUUACCAAGUAAAGUUAUUGACUACGGACAUUCAAGCAAAUAUCCAUUUAAGGAGGACUCUGUUCCAGUACGCACUUUUGACUCCCGCAAAAAAGGAAAAAACUUUAAGCCUGCAGCUGCCCCCAAAAAAAUGGGUUCUCCGAAAUUUAAUCUGCCUGCAUCCUCGGUGAAAAAACAACCCGACAAGCCCAGUAGUAACCUAAUGGAUAAUAAAAUACCGACUAUAUCUGUGACUCGCCAGAACCAGCGUCCAUCAAAGCAAGAGAGACCACAAAGCACAAAUAUAGUUGUUGAGCAACCUGUAAUGCAGUCUGCUAUCAAGUCUGAGGUUCCACGUGUUGAACACCCGCCCGUAAUGACUGCCAACCAGCCUGAAGUUCCAGCCAUUGGUCAUUCUGAUACACAGGUGGCUAGUUAUACAGAGGCUCGGGCUGAUCAUAUUCCUACUUUGGUCAGCAGGGGAAAUUACCAGCCGCCAUCUGAAACUCCUGGUGAUGCAGCUAGAUUUCAGCCAAAGUGGUCACCAGGAUUAUCUCUGGCAGAAACGGAGAAAAUGAAGAGGCUGCCAACUCCAUCCAUGAUGAAUGAUUAUUACGCUGCAUCGCCCAGAAUAUUUCCUCAUAUUUGUUCUCUGUGUAACUUGCAAUGUAGAGUUUUAAAGGACUGGAUUAAGCAUCAGAAUACAGAAGCUCACAUUGAAAGCUGCCGGCAGUUGCGUCUACGGCAUCCUGACUGGAACCCGCAUGAACUUGCACCUUUAAGAGAUGAUAAAGAUAAAGGUGAUGCAUCUUCUAAGAGAUCAAAGUCUAGCAGCAACAGCCCCAGACGGUCUAGAAGGUCUGGAUCUGGGCACAGAGCACGCAGGUCACGAUCCAGGAGUCCAAGACUUUCUGGGAGGGUAAGAACUAGAAGUCGUAGUCCAAAACGACCUGUACGUAGUCCAAGACGUUCUCGGAGCCCCCGUCGGCGGUCCAGGUCUCCACGCCGUUCUCUUUCUCCUAGAAGAACCCGUCGACCACGUUCUUCAAGAUCAGUCAGUACUUCUCCAGAUAAAAGAGCUGUUGAUGCAGCAGUGAGGGAUUUCAUUGACAAAACUGGACAAAAAACUGUGCACACCAAAAACAAACUUGCAAAGGCACCAAGCAAUGGAAAGAGACCGCUUCAGAGGAGCUCCUCCAACAGCUCGAAAACUAAGAAACAACCUUCUUCAUCCGCAAAAAACCCUGGCUCAUCCAGCAGUGUGUCAAAGAAACCCAGCAGUGUCUCCAGUAUUAGCGACUCCAAAAAGAGCACUAGUAGUAGCAGUUCCUCUCAUGGCUCCUCCAGCUCAGCAGCUAAAAAGCCAGUUGUAAGCACUGCUGCAAAGAAAACUAGCUCUUCAGCCUUGACUGGAAAGAAACCCUCACAGAGCAAAUAUAGUGGUGCUGCUAAGAAUUCCAAGGGCUCCACUAAGCCUCCACCAGCUAAAGAACCAUACACUCCCCUCCUAAAGUUCAAAAACAAAUCAAAUCCAGGAACAAUGAUUCAUGUUACCAAUCUGCCAGAUUCCGGGUAUACUGAUCAAGACAUCCUCAAAAUCGUUCAACCGUUUGGAAAAGUCUGUGACAUCCUCAUCAUACGGUCUAAAAAUGAGGCAUUUUUAGAAACCAAUUUCAAGGAGGCUGCUGCAGCAGCAGUAAAGUUCAGUGAAACCACACCUGUGAUGAUCAACAACACCAGAAUUAACCUGUGCUUGGCUGGGCAGAAAGUAGAAUGUGAAAAGAAGGAUGUUACACCUGCAAGUGUUGCUAAAACUCCUGUUAAAACUACAACACCACCAGUGAACACCGCAAAAGCUGAAGCAAAGACUACGAAAGCAGAAGCAAAGACUACACCAAAACUAGAUCCAAAGAAAGGAUCCGCAAAUACAAAAGCUGCAAGAAAAGCUAAAGUACCAGAUGUGAUACCCCCUGGAUUCGUAAAACGCUAUAAGCUUACAGAACCCCCAAUGAAGGAUGCUGAGAAAUGUGUAGUCCUUAUUUCCAAUCUGCCUGAGGGACCCAUGACUGUGGAAGAGCUUUCAAACCUGGCUAAACCCUUUGGUGGCGUAAAUGAUAUCAUCAUCAUCUCUACCCACAGAAAAGCACUCUUGGAGCUUUCAAGCAAAAACUCUGUGGAUUCCAUGAUAAAAUUUUAUGAUGUCUUCCCAUCAAACAUGGGUGGAAAUGUGCUGUCAAUAUCUCUGGCUUCAAAGUUUAAGGAUUUAAAAGACGAGGAACGAAUCUUUGCUUAUCUCAUAGAGCAAUCUCCAUGCAAGAUAACACCAUCAGUUUAUGAAGAAUUUGUUUACCUUGUUGAUCUACCAGAGAAAGGAUACACCGAGUCUUCCGUUGUGUGUGUAGGUCUCCGCUUUGGAAAAGUCGAUCACUAUGCCAUUUUCAGUAACAAGAGAAAGGCGAUUCUACACAUGUGCAGCGCAAGUGCUGCUAAAGCAAUGCACAGUUUUCUGACUCAGUACCCUUGCACCAUUGGUGAAAAUACAGUGAAGUCUGUUCUGCCCUCAAAGAAACAACUUUCAGAGGAUGAAUAUGAAGUUGUUGUGGAAGAAGAAAAAGCAUGCUCUGAGACUGAAAGUAAUGUGGAUGAAACAGAAGAGGCCCAGACUGCUGACGAAAUGGCCUUGAAAACUCUGGCAAGUAAUGCUGAUUCUGCUGCCCACAACACAUUCAUUUCAACGUCCAUUCCAGUUGUUGCUGUGAUUGAGCCAGUAGUAACAUGUCUUGAGGAACAGUCUUCAGCUAUUGAGGAAGAGUCUCUGACUGUUGUGGAACAGCCUUCAGCUGUUGAUGAAGAGGCUCCUGCAAUUAUGGAAGAGGCUCCUGCAAUUAUGGAAGAGGCUCCUGCAAUUAUGGAAGAGGCUCCUGUAAAUAUGGAAGAGGCUCAGAUUCCAAACGAGGAAGCAACUCGGUUGACUAAUGAGGAAGAGACUGGCUUGGCCAGUAAGGAAGACAUGACCUUGACUAAUAAAGAAGAGACUUUCUUGACUGAUAAGGAGGAGACUGACCAAGUUGAAAAGGAAGCUAAUGAGGAAGAGAUUUACACAAUUCCCAAGGAAGAAACUCCAACUUUUGAAAAAGAGACUGACCUAGCUAUAUAUGAAUCUGAAAUACAGCAAGGUGUACAGGAUGCUUCUGAAGCAAAACUAGAGAAACUGUCUACUUCCAAAAAUCCUGGUUCAUUUGAAGAGGCUGUUGCUCGGCCUGAGUCCGCUAGGACAUUCACAGGUAGUACAUUUCUCUCUCUUGGCUUUGGUAUUCAAGCAACCGAGGAUGAUGAUGAGGAGGAGGAGGCUGCAGAAGCACCUGACCUUGAUGUGACCUCACCAAUAUCUAGCACUGCAACAGACCCAAUGGAGGGAGAUGGCCAACCUGAAAUCCAAGCAAAGCCUCAUAUAGCUGAGGACUUUGAUGUUAUGGUAUCAGUAGAGUCCGAAUGUGAAGAAGAAGAGAUGUCUGAACAAGUGAGCCUUAGGGACCAUGUUCAAGUAUUCCAUGAACCAGAGGCAAAUAUGGUGAAACUUUUUACUGCAUCUGAAGAAACAGAAGAACCGGAAACUGAUGAUGCAGCUGUUGCACCAGAAAUAUUUUCUGACAGCCCUUCUCACAUUACAACAACUCAAAAUGAGCCAUCAGAGGUCCAUGCAAAAAUAAGUGAAACAUGUGGUACUCAUGAGUUUGAAAGCCAAGAGACUAGUUUAAAGAGUUCCAAAGGUGAUCAUUCCCAUGGAAGAGGCAAAGAUUCCUCUGUGGAAAAGUCAAGUUCUAGCAAACAAACAAGCACUUCAAGGGUCAAGUCAGCCAGUGAAAAAAGUAGAGAUUCAUCAACUGAUACAAAAGAAUCUUUGGAUAAACGCAACUCGGGCAGGACAACCAAGUACAAUCCACAGAAAGGAGAACUCUCUGUAACGUUAACAUUGGACAGUCAGAAAGGUUCAAAGUUAGACACAAGGAAAAAGCCAUCUGCUGAUAGGGGGUCUACUGGCAGAGAAAGUAGUACGCCAAAAUCAAAUAGUAAUCGUUCUAGCCCUUCAGAAUCAUCAAACAACCUCAAAUCAAGUGCAGGUUCUUCUCAAAAGAAAGGCGGUAGCAGAAAUGUGUCAUCCGGGUCAGAUAAGGAAUCAAAAUUUACUCAGAGGUCUUGGGAAAGAGAAACGAGAUCAAGCAACAAAAAGGACAAUCGUUUUAGGGAUGAUCGCUCCAAAGAGGACCGUCCUCGGGAUGAUCGCUCCAAAGAGGAACGUCCUCGUGAUGAUCGAUCUAAAGAAGACCGUCCUCGGGCUGACCGAUUCAAAGAGGACCGUCCUCUGGAUGAUCGCUCCAAAGAGGAACGUCCUCGUGAUGAUCGCUCUAAAGAAGACCGUCCCCGGGAUGACCGAUCCAAAGAGGACCGUCCACGGGAUGAACACUCCAAAGAGGACCGUCCUCGAGAUGACCGCUCUAAAGAGGACCGUCCUCGGGAUGACCUCUCCAAAGAGGACCGUCCUCGGGAUGACCUCUCCAAAGAGAACCGCCCUCGGGAUGACCGCUCCAAAGAGGACCGCCCUCGGGAUGACCGCUCCAAAGAGGACCGCCCUCGGGAUGACCGCUCCAAAGAGGACCGCCCUCGGGAUGACCGCUCCAAAGAGGACCGCCCUCGGGAUGACCGCUCCAAAGAGGACCGUCCUCGGGAUGACCGUUCCAAAGAGGACCGUCCUCGGGAUGACCGUUCCAAAGAGGACCGUCCUCGGGAUGACCGUUCCAAAGAGGACCGUCCUCGGGAUGAGCGAUCCAAAGAGGACCGUCCUCGGGAUGAGCGAUCCAAAGAGGACCGUCCUCGGGAUGAGCGAUCCAAAGAGGACCGUCCUCGGGAUGAGCGAUCCAAAGAGGACCGCCCUCGGGAUGACCGCUCCAAAGAGGAACGCACUAGGGAUGACCGUGCUCGGGAGGAUCGAUUUAAGAGUUCUUUAACAAAACAACAGAGGAGCUCCAGAAGUGCUAGUCAUGGAAAAAAAUCUGAAAAGGAACAGGAGGAUGAGUUCCCAUUUAAUUUAGAUGAGUUUGUUACUGUAGACGAGAUUGUUGAGGAGCAUGGAGAUGCAAAAAAAGCAGAAGAGCAGACCGAUGCUACUUAUGGAAUAAAUGCCUCUAGGAAAGGGAAAAGAAAAGAUAAUGAGCCAUCUCCUCUAGAAGCUAAAAAAGCAAAAGGAAGGAGUCCGGAUCCACAUGUAACGAAGCAGGACCUUUCCUAUGUAACCCUUGACGAAAUUGUAGAUGAAGAAGAUGGCACUGUUGGACCUCAAUCAAAUGAUUCUUUGGGCCUUGCAAAAGAAUCAAAGUCCCUGCUAACAGUAGAUGAAGUCCAUGCAGAAGUUGAUCAGCCUUCUGCUAAAGUCCCCCAAGGGCUUAUGACUUUAGAUGAGAUCAGUGAAGAGGAAGAUGGAACUCGUGAUUCUGCCACAACUCGUGCUCCAUUAGAAACUCCAGAGGACUUUGUAAAAGAACAACUUCUUACUCUCGAUGAAGUUGGGGGGGAAGAGGAGGAACCAAUCACUUCAGAAUCCUUAUCUUUGCAGGCCACAAACCCAAAAGAUGAAGAGAAUAAAGCUGAACUUAAUGACUUGGAUGAUAAAGAAAUUGACCUUUCUAAAAUCUUGGAAGAUCCACAAGUUGAGGACCAAGUGACAGUUGACCCAAAAGAGCAGCCUCUGUUAACCCUGGAUGAAGUCAAAGGAGAUGACGACACAGAAUCUAUAGUAGACAUUAGCUUUAGUGAAGGAAACCAGUUUGUCACUGUAGAUGAAAUUGGGGAAGAGGAGGAAGAUUCCACAUUUGUUUCAGAGGUGAAUAUUGAAUCAGGAGGAAAAGCAAAAGGCAAAAGUGCAAGUAAAGUUACUAACCCAAAGCCUACCCCAAAAAGAGGUAGACCCAGAAAAAGGACUCUGCCCAAAGACAGUCCCACAGGACCCUCAGACAGCAGUAAGAAUAAAAAAGACAAGAAAGAGACCCAGGAUUCUACAGAUGAUCCUUCCUCUACUGCAUCCUGGGGAACAGAUGCUACAAAGAGCCCUGUGGAGUCAAAAGCAAAGGCCUCUAAAGAGAGUCCAGGCAAAGGAAAAAACACUGCUGGUUCUGGUCCAGAAAAGGCAGAUUCAGAGAAGGCAGCAGCCAGUGCAGGUGAAUCUAAAGAAACCGCAUCUGAAACAAAGAGGCCAAAAUUAGCCCCAUAUAAUCCAUCUGUUCCGAUAGGAAUGGAAUUUCUCAUCCCUCAGACAGGUUUCUUCUGUGAACUGUGCUCUCUGUUUUACAUUAAUGAGCCAACCAAGAUAAAACACUGUAAAAGCCUCCGACAUUAUCAGUCUGUAGAGAAACAUAUGGCCAAAGCAGAAGAAUCCACAGAUGCAAAACAAUGAAGAAUGUGCAAUUCACAAUGACGGAAAUAGAAGCAUUUUGGGCCCACGGUGCAUUUUGCUUUCAUUUCUCACCAACCUGUUUUCAGAACACUUGUUAAUAUUGUACAUAAAAAAUAGUUGCACUGGUUGUAGACCGAAGUAAAUAGGAACUGAAAUGAUAAUCUGAUUUUUUUUUUUUUUUAAUUAUCUGACGUUUCUAGUGAUCAAUAAAUAUUCCCUGUACCCUUGGGAGUUAAGAUGGUGAGUGUUGGUGGCUCUAGUCACCUGUCAGACAUGGUACGUCAGAGAGAUUCAAGACUACUAGUCUUAUUUUCUCUUUUCCAAAUACAUGAUGAUGUUGCCAUUUCAAUUUAUAGAAAUUAGAAACAGACCAGGAACCAGCAGUACUUAGUCUGCAAUCACCCUUUAUUGGUGUAUUCUCACUCACGACAUGUUUCGGGUGCUAGUCUGUUUCUAUUUUCUAUUAAUUGAAUGCUUAUCACAUGAUGGAUGGUGUGUGUUGAAACAGCGGGUCUACACGUAUCUGAUUGUUUUCACUUACCGUAUCCUUCUCUGAUUAAUGUUGUUGCCAUUUCAUGAUGUCAUCACGUGUACUUACUGUAACUGUACAGUGUCUUGUGUACUUUGUUGGAAAAUAUUAUCGACAUUUUUAUGAUAUAAUUUUAAGAUGAUCCAUUUUGUUUCGCGAGUUCUGGUGCCUCUGGCUGGGAGUUGUCGCUGUGAAACUCAUAUUGAGCACAGGGAGGAAUUCCAUUCUGAGAGCACCAGCUAGGCCUGCCCGGGAUUGCUUACAAAUUCAAGGGCAGCCGCGCAUUUCCGUUUUGGGACACGUUUGCUUUAUGAAAAGUUAAUUUAACAUUCUUAAUGAAUGUUCUUGCUUGCGAUUACUUUGCAUUGUUUUGUAAAUAGCCCUUUCACCGACUUGUGUAGAAAGAAAAAGUAUGUUUCUAAAUAAAACUAGUUCUUCACCAAA